AUGUCAAAGAUACUUUUCAAAUGGAGCAGGUUGUUGACGAGAAACCAGGCCUUGUUCGGAGGGGCUUCAUCAGGAAAACGACACGCUUCGGACUGCAGUCCUUCGAAAACGUGUCUCUACGAUUUCCACGUGAAGAACGGCGGGAAAAUGGUGAACUUUGCGGGUUAUUUGAUGCCUCUGCAAUACGGAAGCGUGGGGAUUGCUGAAUCCCAUCGACACACCAGGGAACAUUGUUCUCUGUUCGACGUGUCACACAUGUUGCAGCAAGUGGUGACAGGGAAACAUGCAGCGGAUUUCUUGGAGUCACUGACUGUCGGCGACUUGAAGGAGCUGCANGUAGUCUCCAAUGCUGGGAGACGUGACAGCGAUUUAAAGCUCAUGAACCAGCAAUUGGAAGAGUUCAAGAAAGAUUCCAAGGAUGUGAACAUCGAACAGCUCGACUCGUCCUUUGGCCUCGUCGCUCUGCAAGGCCCAGAAUCUUCUCAAGUGAUGCAAGCACUGGUGGAAAUAGAUAUGACAUCCUUGAAAUUCAUGCGGACCACGGAAUGCACUGUGGCAGGGAUCCAGAACUGCAGAGUGACCAGGUGCGGUUACACUGGCGAGGAUGGAGUUGAGAUUUCAGUACCCUUGCGGAACACUCAAGCCCUGGCAGAAACACUUUUAACCACGUCCAAGGGCUCGGUGAGACUUGCAGGACUUGGAGCCAGGGACACCUUGAGAAUAGAAGCAGGACUUUGUCUGUAUGGCUCUGAUAUCAAUGAAGGCACUACCCCAGUGGAAGCAUCUUUGGCUUGGACGAUCGGAAAACGGCGUCGGAAAGCCCUGGACUUUCCAGGAGCCGAAGCCAUUUCCGCGCAUCUCAACAAACAAGGUCUGAUGCGGCGUCGUGUUGGACUCAUCACACAGACUGGUCGUCCAUUUCGAGCAGGUGCUGAGAUAAUCGUGGACGGCCAAAUCGUGGGCCGCGUCACAAGCGGAUGCCCGUCUCCAACUUUGGGCUACAACAUCGGCAUGGGCUAUGUUCAGCCGCAGUUUGUCAAAGCUGGCACCAAAAUCAACGUUCGCGUACGCAAAGACGAGUUUCCUGGUCACAUCGCGAAAAUGCCUUUUGUUACGGCCAAGUACUUCCAGUAAAUGAGAAUAUAUCUAUAUAUGCAGUCUA